GCAAGGAAGUUGUCCGGCGCGUGCAGGGCGAGGUGACGCGGGUGGAGGAGUGGCGCCUGGGGUUGUGGGCGGCGUGGGUGCAGAUGGAUAAAAUGAAGAACGAGGGGGCGCAGACGCCGCGCGAGGUCGAGGACGGAGUGCCGAGGAUGGAGUUCCAGAAGGAGUCGGAGGCGGAGCGGAGGGAGGACAAGAUGUGCUUGGAUUCGGUUGGGGUGCCGGGAGAGCAUUCGGAACAGCCGCCGCAGGAGGCACCUCGAGACUCGGAGAUGGCGGUCGACCGACCUGAGACAGCCGCGGAGGGGCAGUCAAGCGAACCUCGUGCAUCCCAGGAUCAGCGCGACGACUCUUCGGCCCCGACGCAUCAAGGAGAAGAAGGCGCCGUCCACAACCAAUCCACUUCCUCCGAAGCCGACGUCCCGCACUCACCGCAAGUCACCUCGCCCGCAGCCGUUCACGCCGGCGACGACGGCGUCGAAGUCGAGCACAUCGAAGAGGCCUCCGUAUCACAACCGAGCUCCAUGGACGUCGACGAGGAGGAAGACCUGCCGGAGCCGCCGAUCAAGAUCAAGGUCGAGCCUGCGGACCCGGAGAUUCUGGCGAGCGUCGCGCCGGAAGUGAACGUCGAGGAGCCUGCUGGUACGGAGGAAGCUGUGGUGUCUUCUGCCGGGGACGAGUCGCGCCCAUCGGCGAUAGAGAAGGACGUUCCGAAGGAUGGAGGGAUGGAGGUUGACGGGGAUACGCACCGCGUCGAAGACGUACCUGCUGCUUCGGAUCUCUCGAAGUCGGAUCCCAGCCUCGAAGAGCCGCUGACCGGAGGGAAAGACGGGAUGAUGGAGAUUGACGGGCAGCACAGCAGCCAGGAUGAAUCCGAAGCCACCGUCCAGCCCGCCGAGCCCGACACGCUCCCACACGCCCACCAGCCCGUCGUACAGGAGCCCCCGGAACCUCCAACUACGACCGCAGCCGAAGAGGUGAGCAGCCCACUGAGCGAGCCCGAGACCGAGGCGCCUCGCACGCCGCCGCCGCCGCCUCAGGUGCAGGUGCAGGGCGAGCAGCAGAAGGCGCAGCCGCUGUAUAACGCGGACGAGCGGACUAUGGAUGAGUUUGUGAUGCUCUGACGAUGACAUUGAGGUGGGACGUUUAGGAUACGUUAUGAUGUGUGUAAUGCACUGUAACAUAGGGAUCAAUGGGUUCUUCUGCAAUUGUAGUAUUAGUGUUAA